UAUAUGGUAGCCCUCACAGUGGCGCGAAACUAUAAUUUUGGCGCGGUUGAAGUCGAAGAAGAACUAAGAAAAUUUGUCUCUCAUAACAGCUUUAUAUUUAGAUAAAACGGGGACAAUAUGAAGUUGACUACUCCUGAAAUAUCUUGGCAUGGAAAAGAGCCCGUUUUGAGCGUUGAUUUUUGUAAAGUCGGCAACACGAUGCGGCUUGCUUCGGCCGGUGCUGACAACGACGUGAAGAUGUGGCUGUUGUCUUUUAAAGCAGAUGGAAACGCAAAAACUGAGUUUUUGUCAAAUCUUUCUCGACAUAACAAAGCAGUCAAUGUGGUUCGCUUCGCCCCGAAUGAGGAGUUCCUAGCAUCUGCAAGCGAUGAUGGAGUUAUUAUAUUAUGGAAACUAAAUUUGGCACAAGAGCAAUGUGCACCGCCACUGAAGGAUAAAGAUGACGAUGUUGAAAAUAGAGAAUCUUGGUCUGCUCACAAAGUACUCAGAGGUCACAUCGAAGAUGUGUAUGACUUAGCAUGGUCUCCUGAUGGAUCUCAGCUUAUAUCAGGAUCUGUCGAUAACAGUGCUAUAGUAUGGGAUGUUGUCAAAGGUGUGAAGCUACAAAUACUCAAGGAUCAUAAGCAUUAUGUACAAGGUGUCUGUUGGGAUCCACUUGGACAGUACAUUGUUACGAAUUCAAGUGACAGGAGCUGUCGAAUUUAUUGUUCACAAACAUAUCGUUACUGUUACAACAUCAAUAAAUUAUCAGGAUCUGCAAAGCUUAAAAUUCCAGAAGGGGGAGAGUUGAAACAGCUAAAGAUGUUCCAUGAUGAAACACUGUUGUCAUUUUUCCGUCGACCAACCUUCACUCCUGAUGGCUCACUCCUUAUUGUUCCAGCUGGCAGGAUAGAUAUGCCGAGUAAAGCUAUGAAUGCUACAUUUGUCUUCACAAGAGGAUCACCAAACAAGCCUGUUCUGUAUUUACCAAGCCCCAAGAAACCUACAGUAGCUGUGAGGUGUUGUCCCUUACUGUUUGAAUUGAAGAAAAAAGAUGAAGAAAUGGAAAAAGAGAAUGAGAAAGAGCAAGAAACAUCUUCUCUCUUCAAGCUUCCUUAUCGGAUGGUGUUCGCUGUUGCAACGCUCAACUCUGUUCUUCUAUACGACACCCAACACAAGAUACCGUUUGGUUAUAUUUCAAAUAUUCACUACUCAGGACUCAGUGAUUUGACCUGGUCCAAUGAUGGCAAGAUUCUUAUUGUUUCAUCCACUGAUGGCUACUGUUCCAUGGUUCAGUUUGAAGAGAAUGAGCUUGGCACUCCAUACGAAAAGACAGUCAAAGACGUGCUGGAAAAUCCUACUGAAUUUCAUAAUCUUAAUAAUUCAAGUCUUCCAAGUACACCAGCAGAGAUCCCUGUUGCUACAGGUAAAGUUCAAAAGGGGGUCAUUCUGACACCUGUCCAUCAAAAAAUGGACAUUGAUGAAACACCAGAGGACAUUAUCCCAAAGAAGAAAGACACACCACAGAUUGAUAAGUUCACUGUCCCAAUGUCUGAGAUUGAAACCAUAACACCAACAAAACCCCCUGAGAAUAAGCUUACCCCCAGAAGAGUCCAAUUAGUACCUUCGAGUCAGUCAGAUUAUGCUGUCGCAGCAACCAAACCAAAUAGUGGACAGGCAGUUGCACCUAGAUGUGUGCAGCUAGUGACAACGAGCCAAGCUGACCCAGCUUUAGCAUCAAUACAGUCACUUAUUAAUAAUGUGCAGCCUGCUAAUUUUGUCCCAAUGGUACCAACCAAUCAAGGAGCUGGACAGAUGUUAGUGUCUGGACAGACAGCUCAAAGUCAACCUAGAGGAGUGCAGUUAGUGACGGCAAUGCCAAGUCAAGUGAUGCAAAGAGGAAACAGUGUUCCAUCAGUGAAUUCUGUUGGUAACAUUCAUUAUUCAGUUCCUCAAGGACAGACACUUAUUGUUCCUGGACAGACAGUACAAGCUCAGCCUAGACGUGUGCAGUUAGUGACUGUUCCUCAAGGACAGACAUUCAUUGGUCAUAGACAGAUAUAUGUCAGUAAUGGACAGACAGUUCAAACUCAGCCUAUGCAAGUGCAGCUCACAACAAUUCCUUCUGUACAGACACCUGUUGGUGGACAGACAGUUCAAGCUCAACCUAUCAUGCAGUCAGUGACUGCUCUUCCUGGACAGACAUCCAUUAGUUCUGGACAGACAGUUCAAUCCCAAACUAGACGUAUACAGCUGGUGUCUGUCCCUCCUGGACAGACAACUGUUAGUGUGGGACAGACAUUAAGUAACACACAAAACACUGGACAGCCUCAAAAUAAUCAAGCAACAUUGUCAAAGCCAGGACAGACAACUAGUUUGCAGGCAGGAACCACACCUGUAUCAACUAACCCUGUUGCUCUGACAACAAGCCCUGUUGCUUUGACGACAAACCCUGUUGCUAUGACGACAGCAGCAACAGGCAGUCUGGGAACUCAACCAACUAUCUUGCAAACUAUGCCAAGAAGGGUCCCAUUAAUGACUGUUGCGAAUGCACCUAAACAAGUGUCUGUUAGAUCGAAAGGAAUUGAGGGCAACCAACUCGACGGCCAAAAUCCUUCAAUGGCUAAACAAAUUGGACCUUUGGCCAUUGACAACCAGAAUAACGAUUCUGUUAAUCCAGUGCAGGGGAGAAUACUCUCUACUCUGCUGACCUCCACCAAGCAGGAUGAUAGUAAUGGGCAGCCCAGUGCUAAUAGAAACAAGGCAAAUAUGAAUGAAACCAGCGCAGAUGUCAAGCAAGAAAAGCAAAGAAUACCUCUCACUAGUAUCAGUGCUAUUACCACUACUGGGAAUUCUAAUACGGCUGUCAAAGAAAAUCCUACUAGAAAACCUAUUCCUUUAGAACCAACUGUGAUUGUAAUAGACUAAAUGUGAAAGAAAAACAAGUUAAUGUACAGUACAUAAUAAGUUUUUAGUCUGGAAAAAAGGAUUAAAAAAGAAAGAAAAUCUGUAAAGA